UGCAUUUCCAUUAGGCGCUCUUAUCUACACGCUGCAUCGACUGCGACGGCGACUGCGGCUGCGGCUGCUGCUGCUGCUGCUGCUGUUUGGAGUGCCCGUCCGUCAUCUUGUCAUGCUCUGCGCCUCCUGAUCUCAAUUUUGUUUUUAUUUUCUUUUUUCAAAUUGAUUUAUGCAAAUUCAACGCGGCUCGCUCGUUUUCAAUUUUCGUGUUUUUUUGAUUUUACUCCGAUCUUUCGACACUUUUUCUUUUGGGGCCUUGAAAGCUGUACGCGCUGUGGGAAAUGCCGGCGUAUUGCAGCCAAACAUAUCGCUAACUCUUUGCUGCUUUAAUCAUUAACAAUUACCCGUGGACAUAGACCUCCCGCACAUGCCGAGGUGUGCGUGCGGACGCGGGCACACCUGUCCAAAGAACCAAGAACUCGAAGCAGCAGCAGAAGAAGAAGACGAAGACACUCGAAUGGCAUGCAGCGACGUGACUGAUGCGUUUGAUUGAUAAAUAAAAUGAAAUGUUGUUGAAGCACGUCAUAAUUUCAGCUCAUUUGCAUAUGGCGACGCGCAUUGACAGAAGUAACCGUUAGAGCGCAUUUACAGUUAACGCUGCAUUCAGUCUUGAAUCUCUCUCGCUCUCCCGCUCACGCUCUCCCGUUUAUCUGCGCGUCUGGCAACAGUGAAAGUGUGCGCCUUUUGAUUCCGAUUCGUCUAUUGACAUGUUAAUUUUUUUUCGACAAGAUUUUCGCUAACGCACAAGAAAAUAAAUAAAUAAAUAAAAAGAAAACCCAAAUUGAGUAACAAAUCAGCGACCGUUGGCGAGAUGCGACGUUUCCAUCUGGCGCGUUAAUCAGUUGACAGACGCCGAAGGAAGCGGCCGCAGCCCACAGGCCCGUCGCCGGGUGUCAUUGACAGCAACUGGCUAAUAAAAAUAUAUAUAGAAAUAACUCAGUUGGAGCCAGAAAAUGCUUAAUAAACUGAAUGUCUUGUUUUUCCGUGACAGCUCCACGCUGCAGCGACACCAAACGCAGAUGGCGCCCAGCGUCUGCGAAACCUCGCCCAAAUUGCCGCCACACAAUGCUGCUGCAGCUGCUCCUGCUGCCGCUCCAGCUGCGGCUUCCGCCAGUGUCAAGUGCGGCGCCAGCAGCUUGAGCGGUUCGCUGGCUUCGUAUAAGAUGGCCGGCUCGGAGCAGAGCUGGCCGCAGGCGCCCGUUUACAGCAAGGAGAAUCAACGUCCGCCCGUUUACAAUGCCGAGGAUUAUGUGCUCUCCCUGCGCAAGUUUACCAAAGGCAGCGGCUCCGCCAAGGUGCAGUCCAUCUACGAUGUCAACAUCAAUGGCCAUGCCAAGGAGGAUGCCUACAAAGCCGCCACGCUGCCGGCCAAGCACUCCGGCUACAAAAGCCCCAUUCCGGCGCCGCCGGAGAGCGACAGCGAGAUGUCCCUGCGUCAAUUUGGCUCCAUAACCGAUCUGCUGACCAAGCUGCGCGCCGAUCUGAGGGUGUCCUUUCCCAGCUUCGUGCAGGAAUUCGUGGCCACGCCCUCGGAUGGCAUUAGCCAUCUGCUGGAGGUGCUGCGCGCCAUCCAAAUGGCGCAGGCGAGCAAUGCGCCCGCUCCGCUGGCGACGGCCACCAAUUCCCUGGCCAUGUCACGCAAUCCGCAGAGCUAUCAGCGCCGUGCGCUGCUCGACGAGCUCUCCUGCCUACAAUGCCUGAGCAUUUGCUGUUCCCGCUCUCUGGAUGCCAUAGCCCGUUUAGGCAACACACCGGUCGGUCUGAUGCCGUUGGCCUCCUCGGCGACGGGUCAGGGCAUACGCGGACGGAUCCUGGCGCUGCAGCUGCUCGCCGCCGCCUGCGAUCGCCAGCCAUUUGGCCAGGGCAAUGGAGGUCAGAAGAUCAGCGCCGCCGGCCACACGGCCGUCUCGGAGGCCAUGUCCACGCUGCGGCUGCGCUGCAGCGAACCGGUACGCUUCCGGCUGCUCAUCGGCAUCCUCAACAGCGGCGGCGGCUCCGGCGAGCUGCAAUGCGCCGGUAUCAAAUUCCUCAACACGUUCAUCGAGAGCGCCGUCAGCCUGCAGCAGCGUCUGUAUAUCCAGGCGGAGCUGUGCCAGGCUGGACUGGAAACGGGCACGCUGGCCCGUACCAUAUCCUCGUCCUCGCCCUGGCUGGACGCGCUGCGCGCCGAGAUCAAGCGCUUCAACGAGCUGCACAUCGAUGUGGACAAGAUGCUGGCCCAGGCACGCGACGCGGAUCGUGUGCGCAGCCAAAUGGUCAUCCUGGAGCGACGUGUCCAAAUACUGCAUGAGGAGAAGACGGUGCUCACGUCCAUGGAGCGACGCCUGCAGGAGCGCUGCGCGGAGCUGCAGCGAGAGAUCUUCCGGCUGCAGGGCGCACAGGAGUCCAAUUUCAAGCCCGUGGAGGCGCAUCAGCCCGUCGCCCUGCCGCGUCAGGUGCCGCCCAACUCAAAGACGACGGCAGCGGGUGCGGCGACGGGCAGCAAACAGAGCUGCUCGGAACACGAGGAUGAGGGCAUCAGUAGCUCCGAGACGGGCGCCUCGCUCAGUCCAGUGCCCAUCCUGGUGCUGCCCACCAAGUCCAAGCGCAAGACGAAGCGCGGGGAGGACAAGGACGAGGAUGACGAUGCAGCCACCAUCGAGGACGUCAUCGAGGAGCUGGACAACAUAGUCAGCGAGGCGGAGAAACAGAUCUCGCGCCAGGCCGCGACAGCCAAGCAGCAUACACAUCCACGUCUGCUGGAACAGGAGCAGGACAUCGUGCCGGUGAACAUUGUGCCGCAGCCGCCACGGAAAUCCCGAUCCUUGGCGCAUCUGGUGCCGCGCACCGACUGCUCCGACCAAGAGAACUCCCAAUACGGCAUGCUGAUGCCGGGCGACUCGGCGGCCGUGGAGCGACUGGCCGCCAUGCAGACCUUCUUCGACGAGGUGGACUACGAGGCGACGCACACGGAUACGCAUGUGAACUACACGCUGGACCAGCCCUCAUCGGAUAUGCCCGAGGCGGAGGCGAAUGCCACCGCGACGGCGUACAAUGCGAGCACCAAUCGGGAGCUGCUCGACGUGAUUAUGAAUGCGCGACACGAUGAGCACGAUCCGACCAUACUGGCCCUGAGGAACAGCAGCCAGGAGGCCGGCAAGGCGCCAGCACCGGCUCCGCCGACGCCGCCCGCCCAACACUUUAACGGGGUCUUCUUUAUGACCGGCAUGAACACGCCCCAAAAGUAUCCAAAGCCAGAUCUCACGGCUGCGCUGCAGGCGCGACGCGUGACCAAGAAUGUGGAACGCCUUGAGGCGGCCUUUGCCUCCGGCUCUCACGAUGGCGGCCACGUCGAUGCGGCCAUCGUGCGGGAGAAAUCCCGCAGCAAUCAACAGAUCUAUUUCAGCAGCAAUCCGGUCAUGCGCAUGCACGACUAUCCCGGCUCCGGCCAGCUCAAUGGCAACAUAUCCGCACGCACGCGCUCCUAUACGCAGGGCUCCAAGGUGACGGACCUGCCCUCGGGCUUGUACUGAGGCACCAGAGCUAUGCCAGCUCCUGUGCAAUACAAACUCCACCCUUAAGCUUACGAAUAUAUAUUAAUUUUUUUAAUAUUAUGCAAUUUUUAUUAUCAUAAAUAAUAUUUAGUAUUUCGUAGCGUAGAUUCGGUGGCAGCUUCAAUCGGGUCCCUUAGUCUUAAGUCAGUUGGAAUUAGCUCAUUUCCAGCUAAAACAUUUUUUACUUUUAUAAUAUCAACUAUCAAUAUUUAUAUUUUGCAAACGAACAA